AUGUCAACUUAUGCAGUACCCAUUCAUCGUUUAAAUGGUUCAUCUAACGACAGAUCAUCCGAAUUAGCUCUGUUAUCACCAUCAAAAACAGCAGGCGAUGAUUUUUGGUUUGAUCCAUUUUCAUUAGGUCAAAAUGAUCAUAACAUCCGUUGGUUAAGUCGUCCAAAUCAACAGUUGGUAUCGGAGAAGUAUUCUCAAGAUCCAGAAAAAUUUCGUAUUACAUUUGAUGUUGAAGGAUUCAACCCAGAUAAUAUCAAGAUUUAUAUCCAAAGUCGAAAGCUAACAAUAUCGGGUAUUUAUGAGGAAAAGAGCGAAAAUCGUUAUAUGCAAAAACAAUUUGAAAAAUCUUAUGAUAUUCCGUAUAAUGCUGAUGUCGAAGCUAUGGCUAGUUAUAUAACAAGUUCAAAUAUGCUUGUUGUUGAGAUACCAAUAAAUCCACAAAUACAACGACAGGUUGACCAUUUGGCUCCAUCUGCAAAUGAUCAACGGCGUCUAUCAUUCAGUUUGAAUAAGGCACAAGAGCAAUUCUUACAACAUCAAAAUCAAAAUCAAAAUCAAAAUCAAUUAGUACAUACAAAUAGCUUACCUCCAUUAGGUUCCCAAGUACGUCGUACAUCAAUAACAAAAACAACGACCACAACAAGAUCGGGUGGCGAUACUCACCAUUCACAGGCAAAUCUAAGUUCGGCAGAAAAGAGCAGUGAUACUCAAACACAUCAGAGUAAUACAGGUCAUCAACUGGCAUCAACAUCAUUAAAUACCCAGUCUUCAACGUUAAACUCAAAUCUUGCGAAUUUACCAAUUGAGAUUCCUCCCGAGUUAUUACAAAGUGGAGGAACAAUAACAAUUACAAAGAGAAAAGUGUCGACAACCAAAACACAUGAUGGCGGCGAACCGCAUACAACGGGAAGUAGUGUCCAUCAGACAUCGGAGAAUCAAGAGCACAGAUCAGCCGGUCAAGAUUUACAUCUCAAUCAACAACUUCAACAACAUAGUGAUGUUCAACAGCUUCACACAAACGAAAAUCAAUCGAAUAAUCAACAACAACAAACUCAUAUGACGAGUAAUAAACAAGGCACUCAGUCUCAUACAAGUAAUCGACGUAUGUUUACAUUGGAAGAAUUUCUGGAAAAUAAAACAUGGAAUCCUAAAAUUAUCGAUGGUGAAAAUGGUCAAAAGAUUCUUUAUAUGCGUUUAGAAAUGAAACCAGGCAUUAAACCAGAACAAGUUCAAAUUACAUUGAAAGAUCGAGAUUUACGUGUAGAAGUUGGAAAUAAAGCGACAACCGAUAAUACUGGUCGAUAUUCGAGUGAACAUAGUUAUCGACAAGUCACAUUAUUUCCUACAUGUGACGUAGACAAAUUAAAGACCACCUUUAAAGAUGACCAUUACCUUCAUAUUGAAGUGCCUAUUAAAUUAUAA